CGGCUGAGGCGGAGGCGGCGGGCGGGUUGGAUCUUCGCUGAGAUUCGAUCGCGUGGGCCGUCCCGCGGCGGGGCCCACGUCCCCCUCCCUCCCGGCAGUGUCCGCGGCAGCAUGAAGGGCGCCCUGGGGAGCCCCGUGGCCGCGGCCGCCUCCGCCGCGAUGCAGGAAAGUUUCGGCUGCGUCGUGGCCAACCGCUUCCAUCAGCUGCUGGACGACGAGUCGGACCCGUUCGACAUCCUGCGCGAGGCCGAGCGCCGGCGCCAGCAGCAGCUGCAGCGCAAGCGGCGCGACGAGGCGGCGGCUGAGGCGGCGGCGGCGGCAGCGGUGACGGUCGCCGGGGCCGCAGCCGGCAACCGUGGCGGCGUCCGGAGCCCGGCCGGGGCCUCGGGCCACAGACCCGGCGCGGGCGGCGUCCGGAGGGAGUCCCAGAAGGAGCGCAAGAGCCUCCCGGCCCCCGGGCUGCAGCAGCCGGACAGUCCCGGGGGCGGCCCGCAGCCGCUCGGCCAGAAGCGAACCCCCAGAAGAGGGGAGCAGCAGCAGGGCUGGAGCGACAGCCGGGGCACAGAGGUGACAGCGCCUGAGAGAGCAGAGCGGAGACCCUACCGGGAAUAUCGUCCCUAUGAGACCGAGAGGCAGGUGGAUUUUACAGCCGAGAAGUUUGCAGAUGAAAAACCUGCUGAGAGAUUCGAGAGGCCGCUGCGAGGGCGUGGAGGCCCGAGAGGGGGCAUGCGGAGCAGAGGCAGAGGUGGUCCAGGGAACAGAGCCUUGGAUGCUUGGGACCCGAGAGGGAAACGAGAUUUUGAACGCUAUGGUGCGAAUGAGAAGAUUGACCCCGAGCAGAGCGCCGCAGCAGAGGAGACCGCAGUGAUGGACGAGUCCCAGGCCGCCCUGGAAGAGGAGAGCCCAGCCAAAGUUCCUGAGUUGGAGCUAGAAGAAGAAACUCAAAUUCAAGAGAUGACCUUAGAUGAGUGGAAAAACCUUCAGGAACAGACCAGACCAAAGCCCGAGUUUAACAUCCGGAAGCCAGACUCCACUGUCCCCUCCAAAGCAGUGGUGAUUCACCAGUCCAAGUACAGAGAUGAUAUGGUAAAGGAAGACUACGAGGAGGACUCCCCUGUGUUCCGGAAAGCUGCCAACGACAUCACAUCCCAGCUAGAGAUUAAUUUUGGUAACCUCCCUCGUCCAGGCCGCGGAGCCAGAGGUGGCAUCCGGGGUGGCCGGGGAAGGGUCCGGCGCCCAGAGAACUGUGCACCCAGAGCCGAGGUGGUGACCCAUGACGUGGCUCCCAACCCUGACGACCCUGAAGACUUCCCUGCUCUGGCCUGAGGUGCCCAGCUGGCGGUGCGGACAGCGUGCACCAGCACUGGCGAGGCUGUGGGAAGAGCCGGACUCUGAGGACAAUAGAUGUUGCUUUUCCCCGGCGA